GGGUGGACCCAUAAUCAGCAUAAUGUUAAUGGUACUAAGAGCUAGGGUGGUGAAGACUGUCACUAGACGGUCCGCAGCUUUGUUGCCAAGUGCUGAAAGAGCCCCAGCCUCUGCGGGAUGCCUGGAGUGCCUGGCAGCCCAUUCAGAGUUCAGACCAAGGGAGGGCUGUGGAGCCCCUAGGAAGGACAGGCCUAUAGGAAUGGCUGGGAUCCAGCCACUGAGAAAUUGAGAGAGAAGUAGUUUAUUCAUGUUCUCCUCCCCCACCAGCCCAGAGAGGAAGUUGUUACAGAUAAAUAGAACCAGGCACGCCAGCUCCUGACACAUCCGUCAAGACCAUGAGACAGAACUGGACACCAGAUCGCAGCCCUUUGCGGGUCCUGCUUCUGUGUGCCCACAUGGUCUGUCAGCUGGCUGGAGCCACGCCUGUACCUCAGGCCACUGCCAGUGCCUCAGCUGGGAUCACAAAGGACCCCUGCCCCUCCUGGCUCCCAACAGCUAAGCGGUGCCCAGCAUUGGAGGUGACCUGGCCGGAAGUGGAAGUCCCACUGAAUGGAACGCUGACCUUGUCCUGUGCCGCCUGCAGCCGCUUCCCCUUCAGCAUCCUCUACUGGCUGGGCAAUGGCUCCUUCAUCGAGCACCUCCCAGGUCGGCUGAGAGAGGGCAGCACCAGCAGGGAGUACCGGGGUGCACGCACCCAGCUACGGAGGGCCCUGGUGCUAGAGGAGCUGAGCCCCACCCUGCGCAACACCAACUUCUCCUGUGUCUUUGCUGAUCCUGAGCAGACCGCCCAGCGUCACGUCGUCCCGGCUCAGCUCUGGGCUGGGCUGAAGACCGUCACGCCUUCUGUUCAAGAAGCCCUGCCCUCCAGCAGGUCCCCCCUGCCCCGUCAUCACGACAGGUGAACUCCAAAGCCUGGUUGAGUCGUCACCUCUUCACUGAGGUCUACAUGCUCUUGCAGCUCAGGCCUCCCUCUAAUGGACUGUCCCAGGGAAGGGAUGGUGGUAAAUGCUGCUUCUGAUCCACAGCUGCAUCUUUGUCACACCUGGCAGGGCCCACAGUGGGCAUGCAUAAAUGGUUUUUCAAUGGA